UGUAACAGAUACGGCCGGGGUGAAGGACAAUCUCCCUCUUCCCUUCGGCUGCCCAGGUAACAAACAAACAAACAAGAUGGGUACUUGUCUAAAUUCUCUACUGGCUUCAGUGUGUUUAGUCCUGGUGUAUACAGCCCUACCAGUGACGUCAUCAAAUUCACAGAACGUGGACAUAUCAUGCCGCAAUGGUUGGUUGAAAGCAGAUAACAGCUGUUACUACUGGACAGUUGCUGACCAGGUCACGUGGGCUGACGCCCGACGUGAGUGCCAAUCCCGGAGGGCAGAUCUGAUGGUUAUCAACUCUGCCAAGGAACAAGACUGGGUGAACGUACAGACACAGGAGGAGAACACUGACGGAUGGUGGGUGGGUCUCUCGUACAGUGUGGACGACGUGCAAUGGGAGUGGCUCGACACCACCGUGGACAUCAGCAACAUCCAGUGGAACCUUGAACCCGACAACUACGAGAACGAAGACUGCUGCGCUAUCAACGAGUACGGCAAAUUUAGCGACGACGCCUGCCGGGAACACUAUGGUUACAUCUGUAAAGUACCACGGACUAAAGACGAGGCAUGCCCCACCCCUGCCACCGACGGACGUUGGUCGUUCCUGGACUACGCCUGCUACUUCAUCAGCGACCCCUCAGACACCAGCGACCGCCUCACCUGGACGGAUGCACGGACAAAAUGCCAGGGCCUGAAACCCACGGGUGUGGCCGCAAACAUGGACCUUGUAUCCAUAGUAACAGCAGACGAGUCCAGAUUCUUCAACGAAAAAUUAGGUGACCUAUCUAACGCGGGCAUGGCAGUGAAAUGGUGGACAGGCCUGAACGACCAACAGGCAGAGUCUAUCUACAAGUGGUCUGAUGGCUCCGCUUGGAACUCGUCCUAUACCCCCUGGGAUUACGCGCCGAGCACAGACCGCAGCGAGGACCAGAGUUGCGGACUCAUGUACACCGGCGGCGUCGUGGACGACACGAAGUGCUCAGCCAGAGCCGGGUAUAUCUGUGAAACCUCAGCAGUACACAAAUGGACGCCUCUCGGGUGCAGUGCUCACUGGAUACGUGGAGGUCAACACUGCUAUCGUUUUCAAAAUCGGACACAAGUCACGUGGACCGCCGCCCGGAAGAACUGCCAGCAUGAUGGCGGUGACCUGUUGAAAAUCGACAACGUGGAUGAGAAGUACUGGUUCGACCACAUGUACCUUGCCGGAGGGCGUGGCUACUGGACAGGACUCAACGACCAGGCACAGGAGGGAGAUUUUGUGUGGGCGGAUGGCUCAGCCCCAGACAACACGCUUGUUCAGUGGGACAGCGAGCCAGACAACGCUCACAACCAGGACUGCACUGUGAUCAUGAGCGACGGUUCCUUCAGUGACCAAAGCUGCGCGUCCCGGGCGGGGUACGUCUGUAAAUACACAAAGGACCCCGGGGAGCAGUGCGCUACAGGAUGGGCGACCUACCAACAGGCAGGGUGCUACUACAUCAGCUCCGGCAACAGGAGCCGGGGGGUCAUGUGGGACGAGGUGAAGCAGCGGUGUCUGGAUCUCGCCCAUAUCUACGACAAUGAGCUCCAGGCCUUCUAUCUGUACAUUCAGUCACAAGCUGAGAUGACAUGGUUGGUAUCCCAGCUGCAGCUGCAGCCGGACCUCGGUAUGAUGUGGUGGACGGGGCUCAACGACAUCACCAUCGAGGGGGCCUGGACGUGGGCGACAGACUUCGCCAACCCGGUAGACAUGACUUUGAUUCCCUGGGACACGGAGCCUAACAACUACGGUGGCAACGAGGACUGUGCUGUCAUGCUGCCGGGAGGCCGCUACAACGACAUGCCCUGCACCGCCAAGUCCUACUACAUCUGUAAGAGUGCCGCAGGGCUCGGCGUGGUCGUGUCUUCCAUGGUGAUGUGGGCGGGAGUGCUGGCAACCCUUCUCGCAAGAUAACACCGGAGACCCUUGUAACAGAACCUCGUUAAUCCGGACACCGUUAAUCCAAACACAGGUGUUCCCCAAGCCUCAGCCUCUGCUCUGUUGAAGGUCGCACCAACACAAGGCUGGCGCCCAAGAGCCGCACGAUGUUAUGGGAAACAUGUUAUGUUGUCCGUCUCUCCAACAAUUUGGAUGGAUAUCGAAAUGUCCGGAUUAUGGAGGUUCACUUGUUUUACCUAGUUUGAAUUUGCGAUGUUACCAGGAUACUCUUUACAUACUCAAAAACUGCAUGAACUUAUGUCGACCUCGCGACAUUAGCGAAACAUAUUGUGCAUUUACAAUAGACCCGCAUUUUGUAUCCUUUCAAUUUCUAAUUCAGCAAUAAUUGACCACGUUACAGAUGUUUUUGCAUUUUGCAUUUUGGAAUGAUGAGUGAGUGAGUGAGUGAGUGGGGUUUUACGCCGCUUUUAGUGAUAUUCCAGCAAUAUCACGACACCAGAAAUUGGCUUCACACAUUGUACCCAUGUCGGGUGACGAGCGAACGCUUUAACCACUAGGCUACCCGACCGCCCUUGGAAUGAUGAACUGGAUACAAGUGGAGAUUCCAACCCGGCUUGUUCUGUCGCCGGGCCCGGGGAAAAGGGCGUUCCAGAGGUUCGUCCCCAUAACCCACCCACCCACAUACUGAC